AUGGAAAAGAGAGGGCGGCCUAGAAACACCUUGCGCCCGGAUCUGGAUGCAGAUGCUAAGCUGAUGGGCCAAACAUGGGGGCAGCUGAAGGGACUCGCCCAAAACCGAAACGCUUGGAGGAAGCUGGUUGGAGGCCUAUUUGUAGAAUUAAAACCCAACAACUACAACCAGUGCGCCGGUAGCGCCAACGACAUUGUCAACAGCAGCGCAAUUAACAACGACUCCAUUUUAAGCAACAUAAGCAGCAACUUCAACAGCACUUACAACAACAGCAGUAACAACAACCACUUCACCCACAACCCUGGCUCCGAAACAGCAACAGCAGCAGACGCAACAGACGCAGAAAUAACAACAACAACAACCACAGUUAACGAUAUAGCAGCAACAUCAGCAGCAGGAGAAACAGAAGAAGCAGCAGCGACAGAAGCAGCAAUAACAACAACCACAGUAACAGAAACAGCAGCAGCAGCAACAGACGCAGCAAUAACAACAACCACAGUAAACGAUAAAGCAACAACAUCAGCCGCAGGAGAAACAGAAGAAGCAGCAGCGACAGAAGCAGCAAUAACAACAACCACAGUAACAAAAACAGCAACAGCAGCAGACGCAACAGACGCAGCAAUAACAACAACAAAAACAACAACAGUAAACGAUAUAGCAACAACAUCAGCAGCAGGAGAAACAGAAGAAGCAGCAGCGACAGAAGCAGCAAUAACAACAACCACAGUAACAGAAACAGAAGCAGCAGCAACAGUAAACGAUAUAGCAACAACAUCAGCAGCAGGAGAAACAGAAGAAGCAGCAGCGACAGAAGCAGCAAUAACAACAACCACAGUAACAGAAACAGCAACAGCAUCAGCAACAGACGCUGCAAUAACAAUAACAACAAACACAGUAAACGAUAUAGCAACAACAUCAGCAGCAGGAGAAACAGAAGAAGCAGCAGCGACUGAAGCAGCAAUACCAACAGCCACAGAAACAGCAACAGCAGCAGACGCGACAGACGCAGCAAUAACAACAACAACAACCACAGUAAACGAUAAAGCAACAGCAUCAGCAGCAGGAGAAACGGAGGGAGCAGCAGCGACUGACGCAGCGAAGCCAACAACCACAGAAACAGCAACAGCAGCAGACGCAACAGACGCAGCAAUAACAACAACAACAACCACAGUUAACGAUAUAGCAACAACAACAGCAGCAGGAGAAACAGAUAAAGCAGCAGCGACAGAAGCAGCAAUAACAACAACCACAGAGCCAUGUGAAUUGAACGCCAACUGCCUCUCGACUCCGAACAUGAGUUGCAUCGACUUAAUGUGCCAGUGUGCGGCACCCACUAAGUACAACUCGGCGUCUUCCUCAUGCGUUUUAACAUGUGGAUCAUUUGGAUUUGGCACCACGUAUACCCGUAUGAGGAAUACCGUGCUUGACGGCACCCAAAUCGAAAGCGUCAUCUUUGUCACAUCUGUGUCGGAGUGCGCGAGUCACUGCUCGGCCCGACCUCUCUGUGCGGGCUUUCAGUUCUGGUCAGCGACGUGA